AAGAGAGAGAUAGAGGGGGAGGUGUCUACUUGAGUAAGAAUUGAGUUCUAAUUAGCCAACCACUUCUUUCUCGCCUCACUUGUCCACGGUGCUUACACUCACAACUUCUCCGAGAGCCUUCAUUGAGGGACCACCACCACCACCACCACCACCAGGACCCCCACUCUCCUCCGAGCUCCACUCCACUUCAAUCGCAGACGGCACUCUUUUUGGAUCAUUUUGGCGCAGACGUCCGUGCGCAACGCUAUUACGCACCCCUUCGGCUGGAGAAAUCUCCUCUUUGGGUGUUGUUUAGUGGUGUUAUCGCAUUCUUUUAGUACGUGGCUACAUUUGUAAACGAUUGUUGAGUUUUUUUUGUGUGGAAAAAAUAUAUAUAUAUAUUUACGCGUCAGUUUAGAGCUGGUGCGUAACGCGCUCGCUUUGACGCGCAACAGGUGCUCCUUUGCUCUAUCUUCAAGCAUCCCAUAGCAGAGGGGACAUAAGUGAGAGAGAAAAGAGAGAGAGAAGGAGAGAGAGAGAGAGAGAGAGAGAGAGACCCCCUUGCAGACAGACUAUAGAGGAGGAGGCCCCUGGCCUGAGAGGAGAGGAGAGAGUGAGGGAGUGAGGGAGUGUUUUAAAACCCACUGGAGGCAUGAUGUCCUACAUUAAGCAACCCCAUUACGCCGUGAACGGGUUAACACUGUCCGGCCCGGGCAUGGAUCUGCUCCACAGCGCCGUUGGAUACCCGAAUACCCCACGCAAGCAGCGCCGUGAACGCACCACGUUCACACGCGCACAGCUGGACAUCCUGGAGGCUUUGUUUGCCAAAACUCGCUACCCAGACAUCUUCAUGAGGGAGGAGGUGGCCCUCAAGAUCAACCUGCCCGAGUCCAGAGUACAGGUGUGGUUCAAGAACCGCCGUGCCAAGUGCCGCCAGCAGCAGCAGCAGAGCACAGGCCAGUCCAAACCGCGGCCCCCCAAAAAGAAGUCCUCCCCGGCCCGUGAAGCCAGCACCGAUGCCAGUGCCAACCCCGCCAACGGACCCUACAGCCCGCCGCCUCCUCCGCCAGGCACCGCCAUCACCGCCAAUUCCAGCUCUGCCAGUGCCACGGUGUCCAUCUGGAGCCCGGCGUCCAUCUCUCCCCUGCCGGACCCCCUGUCCAUCGCCACCACCCCCUGCAUGCAGCGCACCACCGCCUACCCCAUGACCUACACCCAGGCCCCGGCCUACAGCCAGAGCUACGCGGGCUCCUCCUCUUACUUCACCGGCCUGGACUGCAGCUCCUACUUGUCGCCCAUGCACCCGCAGCUGUCGGGCACAGGCGGGGCCCUCAGCCCCAUCACCGCCUCCUCCAUGGGCGGGCCCCUCAGCCAGUCCCCGGCCUCCCUCUCCUCCCAAGGCUACACGGCCGCCUCGCUGGGCUUUGGAGCCGUCGACUGCCUGGACUACAAGGACCAAGCUGCCUGGAAGCUCAAUUUCAAUGCCACUGACUGUCUGGACUACAAAGACCAGAACUCCUGGAAGUUCCAGGUCUUGUAAUUGUCCUCACAGGAGGGGGUCGAGGAGGAGCGAGUAUGAAUCAGUGCCAGGGGGUGUUUUAAAUGAAAAUGUCUGGCUCAAUUCAAAAUCACCAAAUAGGCUGAAAAUGAAGAAUUGUACUGCUCUUUAUGAAUUAUGAAUGACUGACUGAAUCAUAUUUGUUCAUUUCCAACUGACUCCCACCUCAACGGAAGACUGUAGAACCACGCGGAACAUUCUCAAUGACAUGAAUCUUUCAUACGUUUAAAAAAGGUUAUAGUAGUAGAGCUUACGUAUACGUGCGCAAAUGUUUGACGGGUGGCAAACGUUCUAAAAGUAAAAAAAAUAAAGAAUUCAGGUUAAUACUGCCAUGCUUUUAUUUUGAAGCUUGCUUUGUACUUACAGGAAGAAACUAGGUGCAUGUACCUGGACAGACGUGAUGUUGCUGUUCUUUCACUCUACUUAAAAAUAAUCCUGUCAAAUUAUUAUUUGUUUGAAUCAGAUUGAUCACACUUUUGACUGUAGAUUAAUCACGAUUAAUCACAGGUAAUUACUCACUUAAUUUAAAUCAACCUAAAAAUGACCCCGAUGAUUGGACACAGUCAGGUGCAAUUUUUUUUUGUCAGAAUGUUAAGUUAAAAAGUUAAAGUACCCAUGAUUGUGUGGCGAAAUUAUUCUCUGCAUUUGACCCAUCAGCCUUGAUCACCCCCUGGGAGGUGAGGGGAGCAGUGAGCAGCAGCGGUGGCCAUGCCCAGGAAUCAUUUUUGGUGAUUUAACCCCCAAUUCCAAACCCUUGAUGCUGAGUGCCAAGCAGGGAGGUAAUGGGUCCCAUUUUUAUAGUCUUUGGUAUGACUCGGCCGGGGUUUGAACUCACGACCUAUCGAUCUCAGGGCGGACACUCCAACCACAAGGCCACUGAGUCAUUCGGGAAAUGAUUUUAAGUGCAUUACUUGAAAGCGCCACAGUUAUUUGCUCAAAACCGUUUCAGCUAAUGUCCCAUCUUGGUGUAUUUUGAAGCGAAAUCUUAAUGUACAACAACGCCUUUGAGGUUAAAGCAAAGGAACAGUUACAGUCAGAGUAAAUUGCGUGACAAUUCUGCAUAUAUACAUGAGUAACGCAAUCAUUUUAUGGGAUUAAUCACAUGAAUUAAAUGGUUAUCUUUGACAGCCCUAAUGAAAAACAUCCAUUUCUUUGGAUUUCAAGUAUUCAAUCAGAGCCCUCGCCAUUGACUACAUGAGUGGGAAAAAAACACUUACCGUAUUUUUCGGAGUAUUAGUCGCACCUGCCGAAAAUGCACAAUAAAGAAGGAAAAAAACAUAUAUAA